AUGACUCUUGUCUUUUCUUCCCUGCCACUCAAUCCUGCUCCAAGGAUGCAAGUGGGUACCCAAUGGCUUCAGUACUCCAGCAAAAUCCAAAAACUGGUGAAAUCACAGAGCGACAUAUGCUCAGUACAGGAGUUUCAGGACGAUGAUCUGCAGUGCCCAUCAUCAUUUAACUCUGCUAGCAGUAUGGGGCUUAUCAGUGGUAUGAGAAAUGAGGGCAGCCAUUUUGGCAACAACUAUGAAACUAGGGAUUUACGAAAUAGGCUUCCUCGGGUUGCAUCUGAGCGGUUGGCCAGCAUUCCAGUAAAUAAUUCUGUUGCGAACAGGAAGAAGGGUUUACUUAGUUCCUUCUACACUAUUGCGGAGAAGCUGCUUGUGUUCUGUGGCAGUCUCGUCAUUUUUUCAUUGUCAUACCCCCUUGCUGCAAAUGCAAAAGAGACCUUUGAGGACCAUGCGAUGCAAGGCGUUAUCAUUGGAAGCGUCAUAUCAUUCUUCAUCAGCUGCCUUCUGACAGCUCUUGGGUCAUACUUGAAAGACAGUGAGUCCAUUGAUGGUAUUGGAUUCCACAUCUUCAAAUGGCUCGUGCUUCUGGUGUUUCUAUUCCUCAGUGCCGGAUUAUGUGUGAUACUACGUUUCUGCGCACACACCCCCAAAGCAGUCCUGUGGUCCCUUGGAACUGUAGGAUACAUCGUAAUUCUGUCCAUUUGGGUUUGGGUGUUCUACAGAGAGGUGCUGCAGAUUCAGGAAGAAAUGAAGAGACAUUUUGAGAUGGAAACUAGGCCACCGUCGGAGGGGCCUGACCGUGUGCCUACCUUGGCUGCUUCGGGAUCACCAGUUUAG